CUUUGUUGUCUGCUCAGCAACGAGACGUGUUUUGAUGGAGUAACGAAUGAGACAUCGCUGAUGAGGCUUUUUUCGCUUGUUUUGGCUUCAGCACACUUGUUUUAGGUUUGAUAUGCGGACAUCUUCGUUCCAACGAAGUGAAUUUAGUUUCUUUAUAUUUGCAGGCAACACAUAGUUAAACCUAAUGAAACAUUCAAUCAUUGGUUUCUUCGUAUUUUCAUGUUCAUUCCUCUUUAUAACAAUAUAUUUAAAUUGCUACAAACUUAAGCUGUUUCGAGGCUUCCAAACGACAAAAACAUCGAAUAUUCAACAGGAUGGCCUAUGGGAAGGAUGCCCAAGCUUGGAGCUUGCUCUUCGCUUGAACAGCAGUCCAGUGUUCGUAAAAUUGUACGAAUCUUGGUUUCUAAAGAGUCUUGAGUUAUUCUGGCCGGAAGAUUGCUUGAAUUUGACACUGGUAUUAGAUGACGAAAGUGAACUGGAUCAUGUAACAGGUAAACGCUUGUCGAGUUUAUGGCCUAGACCGAACACUGUUUACUUAAAGCCAGAAAACGCAAACUUCUACCAAAGCAAACAGCGCCGCCGUAUGUAUUUGGAUUAUUUUUAUCCAGAAAAAUAUGUUAGUGCCGAAUAUGUUGGGUUUGUUGAUGCAGAUACGAUGUUCGUAUCUGUUGUGACCCCACAAGCUUUGUUUAACAAGGGCAAACCUACUGUGCAGGCGCGGGUAGGAGAACCUUUUUGGCAACAGCACUGGGAAUGCUGGUCUGACGUCACUGAAUAUUUGCUGGGUGAAAAAGAGGCUUUGCAGUGCAUGUCUUAUUUCCCUGUAAUUUUCAAAGUGAAGCAUAUAAUAGAAAUGCGAAAUUAUGUUGCCAAGCGACUGGGGCGAACGUUCUUGCAUGCUUUUAACGAAAGCAUGCAGAUAAGAAAUGAUUACUUUAAAGGAAGUGAAUUGGAUGAUUGCAUGUGCCAGUUUAGUGUGAUAUGCAAUUAUGUUUGGUACUUUCACAGAGAUGAAUACGAAUUCAAUUUGCAAAUGACUCCUGAUGACACGUGGAGCGGGGAACAUAGGAGACAUACACAACAAACUACCGCAUACAUUAAGGGCAUUGGACCUGCGUUUAAGAUCCCCAAGCCACGAAUAGCGAUUCACGCCAGACACUAUAAGGAGAACGGUAACUAUUUGUCCAGCAGCACGAUUGACACUACGAAGGAGCCUUAUGCAUCGCAGCUUGAAAGAAGGGUCCAAGAAGGGGUCUGUUUUGCCAUUGGAUUCGACCGGUGCCCAAGCAAAUGCAAUUCGUUUGAUGCAGAUAGCUUGCAAGUAUCGUUAUACUCUUUCGAAUUUUACGAUUGGCUUUGGGAUCAGAGGUGUCUCGAGGAACAGAGAAAACAUUACGUGCAUGUGCGUGCGUUGGUGAAUCACAAUGAAAAACAAGGCAAGCGAAUGUUUGGUAUGGAUCCGCCGUAUGAUGGGCUAUGCAAAGAUGCACUGUGAUCUGAGACUAACACGUUUGCCUAAAGCCCAGAAAACACGUGAAUUAGCAGCUAACGGGUGCUGUAAGGCCCUGGCCAAGAAAAUUGAGAUUUUUAUCGAGGAGCAUUCAACACAUGACGUUUGGGAAACUUUAUCCUCAGUAGCUUUGUGUUGCUCAGUGGCAGUUGGCCAAACGAAUAAAAAAUUGUAGUGAGCAAGUAUGUUAGAUGCUGCUAAACCGAAAGUUUACGUUUGUCAAAAUCAAGGAUUAGAAAAACAAGAAUUAGCAACUAAAGGGUACUUUUACCAUGUUCUACCGUCUUCGAUUAUAUGGAUGAUUUUGUUUAGGGAAAAUAACUAUUUAAGGAUAGACAGAAACAGUAACACAUGCGCACAAAAUA